UCGGAAACAAAACACAGGCAACAUAAAUUAUUUGCCCUAAAAUAUCUUAUGUCGCUUGAUUUAACGUACACGUUAAAUCGAAACAUUUCCGACGGUACAUGAACGCAGCUGUUGCUCGUGUGUUCUUCGAAAAGAUGCUAUUCGCUGAUGCUAGCUAGCGCCGCUGCGGCGGUUGUUAGUGAGUUUUUGUUAGACCCCCUCUAUAAAUCGCAACUGUUUUAUAUUAAAAUUAUUGCAGUACUACCACUAACAGCAUGUGGUUGAUUCCAGACUAAAGCUGCGAAUCUGUAUUCCUUUCCCUUCGGAAAAGGUCAUUCUGAUUCUCUAAAUUACCUUGCUAGCCGGCAGCGGUUAGCUUGCUGGUUAGUGAUUAGCCCCGCAAGUCGAUUCAAACACAACUGAAUCUAAAUGGGGCUUUUCCCCUAAAAAAAAUCUAUACUUCAUACAGAUUAAAACGUGUAUAUUAGUUAUUAAGGAAAUAUUCUAUCAUGGAUAUUAAUUUUUACUCAGACCUUUCAGAUGCACAGAAUGUUGAUACGGAGUUUUUGGACAGUCAAGCAUAUGGAGGAUACUCCGGGGAGAACAAGUUCGCAGAAGGCAACGACAGCUAUAUGACUAUCAGUGGACCUGGUCACCCGUUUCUGUCUGCUGAGCAGACAUUUCAUACCCCCAGUCUUGGGGAUGAAGUGUUUGAGAUGCCUCCCAUCUCCCUGGACCCAGACCCAGCUUUGGGCAUCAGUGAUGCGGUGUCUCCUUUUGAGCUGACAGAUGGAUCAGAUGGUACUGAGGGUUCUACAACCUCCCGGAGUCUCGUGAGCAACUUGGUGGUGGAGGCCAAUGACCCCUCCUUUGCCGCCACCUAUGUGAACUCUGGGUCUCAGGGCACUGAUCAGCUGAACCUUGGGUCACUCGGCCAGUCUGGAGGUGGAGCCCUACUGAGCUCUUCAGCUUUGGAAAUGGGUAAUUCCAGUGGUUCACACUUCAGCAGUUCAUCUCCAAUGACCAUUGACGUUCAGCUCGGUGACAUUGGUCCUGGGCUUUUGGGGAGCAGUCAUCUGAGCACCAUCAACCAGUCAGAACUGGCACUGGGUCUAGGAGGCGACUCCAUAGGGCAUCACUCAGAUACACUGGAGCAGCCGCUGUCAGCGACUCCGUCUCCGGCUGGUUCUCUGCAGGAUGAGGACAUGGAUGAUUUUAAGAGGAGUGUGCUGGUAGACUCCCCCAUGUCCAUAUCCUCCUCCGUCCUGUCCCACCUGUCCUCCCACCCAGCUCCUCUGUCCUCCGUCUCCCCAUCUAUGAUCAGGAAGAGUGGGGGGAAACCAGCCACACUGUCUCCAGCCAAUAGCAUGGUGGGAGCCAAGAAAGGACGGAAGAAGAAGGAUCCGAAUGAACCGCAGAAGCCGGUCUCAGCUUAUGCCCUGUUCUUCAGAGACACCCAAGCAGCCAUUAAAGGCCAGAACCCUAACGCUUCCUUUGGGGAGGUGUCAAAGAUUGUGGCCUCCAUGUGGGACAGUCUGGCCGAGGACCAGAAACAAGUGUACAAGAAAAAGACUGAAGUAGCCAAAAGAGAGUAUUUAAAAGCCCUGGCGGCUUACAGAGCCAAUCAGCUGUCACAGCCUGCCACUGAGGAGAUGGACACUGCUCCUUCACCACCUCCACCUGCCAUUAACUCCAACCCUGCAGCCCCUCCCUCUGCCAGUCAACAAACAAUCCGUCUAGCGAGCACCCCUGCUGAGGAGAACACCAUCACCAACAUUUGUAUGUCAAACAUCAUCCUGGACGUCCCUGAGAGGACCUUACGGUCCCACACAGGUGCAAACAAAGCCCCAGCAGCAGCAGCUGCUCCACCAGCGCAGACCAUCACCAAGAUCAUAAUCCCAAAACACAUCCUGCAGGCGGGGGGGCAGUUGGUGACGGUGUUACCUGGAGGAGUCCGCACCUUACAGCCAACGCUGCUGGUGUCGGGCGGGCCUCGUCAGCCUCCUCCGCUGCAGCAGAUGCAGAACGCUCCUCCACCGCCGCGGCUCCAGCAGAUGGCACCGGCACCUCCACCGUUACAGGCCAAGCCUCGUGAGGGUGGUGCUGCGGCACUGUCUGUCACAGCUACGCCUCCGCCGCCGCUUCAGAUAAAAAUAGUUCCCACUCCAGUGCAGGGCAAAGAUGAACUCCCCAUUAUUGUCCCCAAAACAGUAGCUGCCUCCUCUGCUGUGGCCUCGACAUCCCAGAAUGCACCUGUGGUGUCAGUGCAGGUGGUGAAUUCAGCGGAGGUGUCCGGAGGUGCAGAUGAAGAUGAAGUUACAGAAGUGCUGCACACAGAAGAGGAGGACAUGGAGGUGACGGGGUCCAGCGUGUGUGUGAGGACGGGGUGUAACAACCCAGCCGUGGAGAGUGAAGACUGGGACAAAGAGUAUUGCAGCAAUGAAUGUGUGGCCAAUCACUGCAGAGACAUUUUCAUGGCCUGGUGUUCCAUCAGGAAUCAGAGCAUUGGAACAGUGAAGUAAAGAAGAGGAUUUCAUGUCCUGCCACAUUGUUGAAUUUUUUUCUACAUUCUGUAGGUUGAACAGAUGCUGUUGAUGACAAUAAAAAUGUAGUUUUAAUAAAAACAGCACUGGUGUCAGAGCAGAAGAACCAGUGCCAGUA